AUGUCGCGACGUUCUGCUUCACCACUUCCCGAGGCUCGCGAGGCUAAACGUCGCAAGAUCGCCUCGUCACUUACGCCGGAGGAUUACAAGAACGGGGUCGUGCUCGCACCCAUGGUCCGUUCGAGCGCACUACCAACUCGCCUGAUGUCGCUCAAAUACGGAGCCAAACUAGUAUGGGGACCCGAAAUAGUGGAUAGGGCCAUCCUCCACGCCAAACGCGUAGUGAACCCUGAUACUGGUACCAUAUCCUACAUGGGUCAACAGAGCAAGGCCAUGUUCACGUGUCAUCCCCUCGAAAAGCCGUACUUCAUCUUCCAAAUCGGGUCUGCAAACCCCGAUUUGGCCGUCCAAGCCGCCAAGGUUGUCAUGGAAGACGUCGCUGGCGUUGAGUUGAAUUGUGGCUGCCCGAAGCCCUUCUCGACCUCCGGCGGCAUGGGCGCUGCACUCCUGUCGACUCCGGAUCUUCUCUGCUCCAUCCUCUCUGCUCUGCGCCGCGAGCUUCCAGAACACAUCAGCGUCUCCGCCAAAAUCCGACUCCUUUCGACGCAAGAAGAGACCAAGGCUUUGGUCGCGCGUAUUCUGGACACAGGCGUCAACUGCCUGACAAUCCAUUGCCGCACCCGCAGCAUGCGCAAAACCGAGCCAGCACGGAUCGAGAGGAUGCGGGAAAUCGUCGAGUACAUAAGGUCGCUGGGGAAGGAUGUGGCGGUUCUGCAGAACGGAGAUUGUGUCGGAUACGAAGAUGCGCGAAAGCUCCGCACUAUAACUGGCGCGGAUUCUUGCAUGAUUGCGACGGCUGCAGAGUCCAAUCCUUCUGUAUUCUCACCCACUCCCCUCGCCGACCUCGAGCAGACCCUCAUUCCAUCGUAUCUGCGGCUGUCAAAAUACUUGGACAAUCACUGGGCUUCAACGAAGUUCUCAGUCCAGCAGUUCAAGGGAACGCACAAAGUGACGACGAAAGCUAGCUCCAGGCAAGUGCGGGAGGCUAUUAUCAAGGCGAAGAAGUACGAGGACGUCGAGUCUAUCGUCGGGUUGUGGUCGGGCGAGGAAGAACUCCGCGCGAUCGAACGCGUCAUACUUGAACGUGAACGCAAUGGCCCGCCGCUAUGCAUGCCUCUGCCGGUUGAGGAGCUGUCGCCCGCGGAGCAAGCCCUGGUCGCGCCUCCACCACAUAAGGAGACGACGAAUGCGUCGGUCGCGUCUACGCCACCAACCGAAACUCUCCUUGACGAAGACGACGCAUCCUCAACGUCGACAUCUACCGCAGUGGGUACAGAACCUAAUACUGCGAAGGAUGGAGUGGCCCUUGAGAGCGGUCUAGGUGUAUUGCUCCCGGCUGUGAAGUAG